GUUCUGUGGAUUCAUUCCGUAUUCCAUUCCGUUCUUUGCAUGGUUCUUUGAUAAUUUUGUACACAAAUAUAAAAACAAUCCAUUUUUGGCCUUGUAGAAGCCUUCAAAUCGAAUAUUUCCGUCCUAAAUGCAUCAAAAUAGAAGUCACGCAUAAUUGUUUAAAAAUGACUUAAAUUUAUAUUUUUCCGUCAAGAAAUUUCUAACCUGUCCGAAAAAUGUCAUACCAAUUUUCCUUAACAAAUGGAAAACAAAAAAGAUUUUCCAUUGAUGAUGCUUUUGAAGAAGAAACAGAUGAAGCUAUAAAAGUUUAUGGAACUACUGGACCCAGAUCGCCGAUGUCUCAUUCUCAUUCGAAUGGAAUACUUAGCGAAGGCGAUCAUGUUGCUGUUAACAUGGAAAACGGAAGAACUUAUAAAAUGGUAAAUGAUGCAUCCAGAGAUAGCGAUUCACUAAUACAAGAUUAUUAUGACUGUGCUAAUGAAGAAUACACAAGUAGGUCUUGUUUAAAACAUCCAAAAGUGAAAGAAAAUUGGCGAAUGGUGCUUGCUGCAGCAACUCUAUUAUUCAUAGGUUUAGGUCUUCUAGCAACUGGUACUGUCACAUUGACAGAACCCAAUUCUGGUUUACAGGGAUCUGUAUUCUUAUUAGCAGGGUUUAUUUGCUUUUUGCCAGGAGCAUAUCAUAUUGUUUAUAUAUAUUUGGCUGCUAAGGGUAAACGUGGAUACCAUUUUCAUAACUUACCUCUUUUUACUUAGAGUUGUAACAACUAAACUUCUUUUUAGGGACAGGUAUAAAUUGGUUAUUAAAUUUACUAGAAAAUGUCAUGUUAUGUGAAUAUAUUGCCAUUUUUAAUUGUAAUGUGAUUUUUAGACAGAAAAAAUGAAAUCAAAUGUAGUGAUAUCUGUCAUUUUUUAAUAUGAUUACUAAGUAUAUUUAUGUAUUAUUAAAUAUGUGUUGUUAUAGAAUCUGUGAAGAAUGCAAUGAUUCAAGUGUUAAAAUAAAAUUUAAAUAGGCUUAUUUAUAAACUUACAUGAAUAAAUUUAAGAGUUACACAGGACUCUUAAAUAUUACGCACACGAUUUUCAUGCAAAGCUGCUUUGAACAACAAACUACACAUUUUAUUAUUAAAGUGUGUUCUCAAAAACUUAUUUGGAAAAUGUAAUUUUUGCAUUUUUUUUAUGAAACAGAAUUUUCAAUAAUGG